AUGAACUGGGAUUUUUUGAAGGUGAGACACAGGUUUGCCCAGAAGCGCGUCAGUGCCCCUCCGUCUUGGCACCGAGAUCCUGAGGCCGCCUACUUCGCUGGCAUACGGGAGGGCCAUCGCCGCAAGCCUGCCCCUCUGUUCAUUCGCUUGUCAAAUGCUCUCGGAAACGUCCAGCAGAACACCGAACUCCAAGUCGGUUCUCACGAUCACUACGGUGGCUACGGCGGAAGUCAGGUGCGUCAAGGGCCGCCCGUGAAGACAGGAUCCUCCUUCGAUAGGGCGCCUCAAUACGGUGGUUCCGUGCCGACCCCCGUUCGGAUUUCUCCUGCAAGGCCUAAUGCUCCUGUCCCUGCCCCUGCGCCUUUCUCUUUCGUUAAGGCUGUUUCUAGCCCUGUAUCUGUCCCUGGCCCGGCCCCCCCUGCUUUUUUCCACAAACCAGCCCCUAUUCCCUUCCAACAAACUGUGCCUGUCGCGGUCCAGCAGACAGCUCCUGUCACUUUAAAACAGACUGCCCCUGCCACCUUUCAACAAAGCGCCCCAGCCGCAUUCAAGCAAAGUGCCCCUGCCACCUUUCAACAAAGCCAGCAGAGUGCCCCUGUAACAUUCCAACAAAGUGCUCACAUCCCAUUCCAAAAUCCCCCUGUCCCCGUCCACCAAAGUACACCUAUUACAUUCCAGCAAACUGCCCCUGUCGCGCUCGAACAGCACGCCCCUCAGACCGUUCAAAAAGCUGCCCCUGUCACUUUUCAACAGGCUGCCCCGGCCACUUUUCACCAGGCUGCCCCUGCCACUUUUAAACAGGCUGCCCCUGCUACCUUUCAACAAACUCCACCUGCCUCUUUUCAACAGACUAACUCCAUGCUGAUCCUCAACCUCGCGGACGCCAUGGCCAGCUCGUUAGGUCCAUCUGCUGAGGGCCUUCCGUAUCUCCUCAUCGUCCCGGACGGCGCUAACAACACACCGAAGGGCGUCGCGAAGACCGGAGGGCAAGGUCCUGCAAGUAAGAAAGGAUUCACUAUUUUCAUCGUGGGAGGAACAGACAUCAAGACGCACCAUGUAGCCAAUCACAAGUCCGCUGCCACCGCCGGCUAG